AUGGCGGACGGCAAACCCCAGCACCGAGCGACGUCCCAGCCGGUCAUGGCCGCCAACACCUACGAUGCCAGCUCGCUUAGCCGCGAGUUCGAACAGUUAAUGCGCACCAAACGAUUCAAUCAGCUCCAGGAGCACUCCCGAUCACGAGCCGCGUCCCAGUCGCCCGCUCCUUCCUCCGGCCACUCGAUUCCGCCGCCCUCGCGAGCGCCGCCACCACCUCCCGCCGCGGGCCUCGACCAGCAUUCGACCUCUGUACCGAAACCCACCAGCAACCGUGGCCUGCCCAUCAUGCCCUCCCCGCCCCAAGACGCCGCCUCGCUGAAAUUCUUCAAUCUCCUCAAGGGACUCUCCGUCACCCCGACCAAGUAUGAAAACCCGGGUCUGUUGGACGAGGCCCUGUGCGUCAUUCCUCUCGAUCGCCUCUAUUCCGAGGCCGAGGAGAGGAGCCAGAUUAUGCAGGCCCAGGCCGCCAGCGUGGGUGGCAAGCCGGAAUGGGGAUACCAGGAUUGUGUCAUUCAAGCAUUGUUGAGGUGGUUCAAGCGAUCUUUCUUCCAAUUCGUCAACAACCCCCCGUGCUCGGCCUGCGCCAUGCCCACGAUCGCUCAAGGCAUGACUCCUCCCAGCCCCGACGAGACCGCCCGUGGCGCCACCCGUGUUGAAUUGUACCGUUGCUCCCAACCCAGCUGCGGUGCCUAUGAACGAUUUCCCCGCUACUCAGAUGUUUGGCAAUUGCUGCAAACCCGCCGUGGCCGCGUCGGGGAAUGGGCCAACUGCUUCAGCAUGUUUUGCCGUGCGGUCGGAGCCCGCGUCCGCUGGGUCUGGAACUCGGAGGAUUACGUUUGGACGGAGGUGUACUCCGAACAUCAACGUCGAUGGGUUCACGUGGAUGCCUGUGAGGGGGCUUUCGACCAGCCUCGUCUUUACACCGAAGGAUGGCGCCGCAAGAUUUCCUACUGCGUUGCCUUUUCCAUCGACGGGGCAACCGAUGUCACCCGUCGCUAUGUUCGCAACUUCUCGAAGCACGGCAGUCCUCGCAACCGCACCUCCGAGGAGGUAGUUCUCUGGUCAAUUCACGAGAUUCGACGCAAGCGCCGGGAGAACAUGUCCAAGACCGACAUCUGCCGCUUGAUGAAGGAGGACGAGCGUGAGGAACGCGAGCUUCGGGGCUUCACAGCCUCGGCACUUGCGGCCGAGAUUCAGAACAUCCUGCCGCGUAGCCUUAUGGGCCACGAGCAGAAGCACGCCGAUGCCCUCCAGGAGGCCUCCACGGACUGGCUGUCCGCCCAUGGCCACGGUCAUUCUGGUCCCGACCGGUCACACGACGGACGGUGA